CAAAAGUGCACAGAAGAUAGGAAUUGCAUCGGAUAUAUUUUCGAUGGGAAUGAGCGAAAUAAACACGUGGGUUCUCAUCCGACGUUACGAUAAGCUCGAAUCGGAGCAGGCAAAUCUCCAGACGAAUCUCCAACUUUUUACCCUCACCCCCAACAUCGUUUCUGACGAACUGAGGGCCUCCAUUUUCCGGUGGAUCGAUGCCAAGGAUGAUGGGACCAAGGUGUUAAAGAUUCGAAGACAUGACAACAAUCUCGUUCCACUGUCAACGUUGAUUAAUGGAUCCACUAGAGAGAAGCCUUUCAUAAUUGAUGUCGUAGCUGUACACCAAUUUUGCCCAGUGGAAGGACGCACAAUUCUCCCGGACUACAUAGAAGCUCUUCGCUCCUCCUUCUACAAUCUCGAUAAUCGAGUGAAACUAGUGGAGCAAGCAAUUCCGAAUCUCACGACUAGUCAGAUGAAGGCAUUCGAGGACACUGUCUCCCACAUCUCCAACUGCGUGAGUUUCCUGGAUCGUCGACUUGACGAGCUAGCCCCACCCAUCUGGAGAAAUCAAGCUAAUGCUGCCAUUUGAAACAUGGGAAUGUCUUCUUCAUUCUCUUCACUCUCACUGGGCCAAGAUAAUGAAGCUAAAGACAGUUCAAAUACUGAGAAAACAGUAUAAACUCAUCCCAAAGUUAUGCAAAAUAUUCCAAGAUAUAAAAACUUAUUUAGAGAAAUAUUUGUUUAAAAAAAUUGGUAGAAAAUUUGUGUUUCGAUCCAAUGCAUACAUAAAUUGGAAUAGAACAUGAUUUAUUCCAUCUUCUUCUGUUAGAGAAAAAAAAAUAUUAAAGCAGAAGGAAGUGAAAACAAUAUUUUCCCGAAAUGGAAAAUAUUUUCUGAAAUGAAAUUCAGUAGCAAAGUAGUGAAACGAUUUAAGUUGACUUACCUCCCAGUUGAGUUUUUAAGGAAUAUUUCCGAAUCUAACGGAGAUAGCGAAAUUUUCGUAGUUACAUUUGUUG